AGAUACAACAGCAACAUCUACUACCAUUACUACUCCUACUACUACUACUACAACUACUACCACCACCCGACCAUUGUCAGCAACACUGGUGGUCCAGGUAGAUCCCUGUCGUCGUACUUACACCAGUGACGAUAAUUAUGCAAAUAUGCCAGCCGUAUGUGAAUGCGGUCGUACACUGAUGGCUGGAUGGCAAUGCAACUUUUGUCGCAAAAACUGUCUUUAUUGCCACCGCGCGCUUACAACCGAUCCUCAAGAUUACUGCGAUCGGUGUUUCUGUCUUUGUAACGUGCAUGGCCUUUACCAUCAUUACAAUGUCAAGACCGGUUACCGACUUGUUCAGUGUCCUUCCUGUCAACAACAACAACAACAACAACAACAACAACAAUCCCGAUAAAUUUCUGUAACCUUAACACGCACCCCAAC